GUCACAUUUUGUGGGCGUGUCGGAGUGUCACUUCCGUAAAAAAAAAUACAACAAAUGGUCAUGCUAGCCGUGCUGCGUAGACAGUGCUAAUUUAAGCCGAUUUUAUGUUAUAUUUGUGUUUAACUGGUCCCACGAUUCAGCUGGCAGCCACACACGACCAGAUCCAUGGUGGCAGGUUCAGCACUCAUGGAACCGUCCACUAAGCCUGGGGCCAACCAGGUGGCCGAUGUGGUGUUUGUCAUCGAAGGGACGGCAAAUCUUGGACCCUACUUUGAAUCUCUAAGGAAAAAUUACAUACUUCCUGCUAUUGAAUAUUUCAAUGGGGGGCCCCCAGCAGAAACAGAUUUUGGCGGGGAUUAUGGAGGGACACAGUACGGUCUUGUGGUGUUCAACACAGUGGACUGUGCUCCUGAGUCAUAUGUCCAGUGUCACGCACCAACCAGCUCUGCCUAUGAGUUUGUCUCGUGGAUCGACAGCAUUCAGUUUAUGGGAGGUGGAGCAGAAAGCUGUAGUCUAAUUGCAGAGGGACUCUCUGUGGCCUUGCAGCUCUUUGAUGACUUUAAGAAGAUGAGGGAGCAAAUAGGUCAAACCCACAAGGUGUGUGUGCUGCUGUGUAACUCUCCUCCAUACCUGCUUCCUGCUGUGGAGAGUGUCAGCUACACCGGCUGCACAGCAGACAACUUGGUCAAAAUCAUCAGAGAUAGGGGAAUUCACUUCUCUGUGGUGUCUCCUCGGAAACUUCCGGCACUACGGGCCUUGUUUGAGCGGGCGUCUCCAGUAGGAGGUGCAGUUGAACCCCAUACAGACUACAGUCAGGACCCCUUCCAUAUGGUCCUGGUGAGAGGCAUCUCGCUUCCUGUUUCCCCAGGUGGAGGACCUGGGCCGCUCAAACCUGUCCUCCCUCCUCAGCAGCUGUCAGUCAGUCAGGCUCCACCCAUUACCCAAGCACAUCCCUAUCAGAAUCCGGCACCCAUGACUCCUGCUCAGGUGGCUGCAAAGAUGGUCGUGGAGGCAGCCAACAACCAGAAGGGUCGCUUCCCAGGAAUAGUCAAUCAAGGUCCUCCGUUCACCAGUCAGCCAGCCAUCCCAUCAGUCCCUGGGGUGAAACCCAGCAUAGCAACAGUCACUACAGCAACACCGCCCAUUGUGCAACAGCAACAAGUUGCUCUCAAUCAGCAGCAGCCAGUCCCGCCCCCAGGACAAUCUGUACCCAAUCUGCCGCCGCAGGCCCCACCUCAAGCGCAAACCACGUCGAAUCCGCCCCCAGUGCCUUCAGCACAGACCAUGCCUGGUGUGUCUGGAGCUCAAGGCAAUGCAAAUCCAAUAGGACAGCCGCAAGGUGUGGCCAAUAAAGUUGUGGCGUGGACCGGGGUUCUGGAGUGGCAAGAGAAGCCUAAAGCCCCUUCUGUGGAUUCAACCACCAAACUGACGCGUUCUCUGCCAUGUCAAGUGCAUGUUAACCAAGGGGAAAUUCUGAACACAGAGCAGUGGCCACAGAAGCUCAUCAUGCAGCUGAUUCCACAGCAGCUACUGACAACCUUAGGUCACCUCUUCAGAAACUCUCGGAUGGUUCAGUUUCUCUUCACCAACAAAGACGUGGAGUCGCUGAAAGGCCUGUACCGCAUUAUGGCCAAUGGUUUUGCCGGCUGCGUCCACUUCCCCCACACCACUUCGCCUUGCGAAGUGCGGGUGCUGAUGCUGCUCUACUCAUCCAAGAAGAGAAUAUUCAUGGGGCUCAUCCCCAACGACCAGAGCGGCUUCGUCAACGGCAUCCGGCAAGUCAUCACCAACCACAAGCAGGUCCAGCAGCACAGAGCGCAGUUGGGCGGUGGAGGGGGUCCAAUGCAGCCUGGUCAGGUUGCCCCCAACCAGAACUUCCUCAACAGGCCCCCUGGCCCCAUUCCUGUCUCCCACGGCAACGUCCAGCAGCAGUCUGUGGUGGUGGGGAUGCCCCCGGUUAGUCAGGUCUCUAUGAUGGAGGAGCAGCAGAGGCAGAACAACAUGAUGACAAUGAGAGCCACUGGACCAGCCAACCAGCAGCCGCCAGUCAGCGGCGCUCCACCCAACCAGGUCGCACAAGGCGGACAGGCCCCGCCCCAGGGUCCCAUACUCCGCCUCUCGAACCCCGGAGCCAAUCCCCAGCUUCGCAGUCUUCUCCUCAGCCAACAGCAGCCACAGGGUGGAGUGUCUCACAUGCCAGGCAUGAUGGCUCACCAGGGUUUAGGGCAGCAGUUGGUCCAUCCAACACCAGGAGGGGCUCAAAUGCAGGGCCAAUGGAGAGGGCCCUUGGCAGGUCAGAUCCUGAUGUCUGGAGGUCAGAGAGGCGCUGUGCAGUCCAGUGUCAUGGAGGAUGAAAUCCUCAUGGACCUUAUCUGAUUGAGCAUCAUGGACACACCAACAGGAUUUUUAGUUGAAUCUUGGCAGCCAUUUGCCUGUUUUUACACACAUAUAUCAGCUCUGUUGCUUUAUUUCCACAAAUGUUCAACAUAAUUAAGGAACAAAUCAUGAGUAGUUUCUUCUUUUUUUUUUUGUAUGGGACUGAGCAGCUGAAGUUAAUUAGGGGCAGACAAUGCGAGUAUUAGUUUUUCAUGUAAAUGGUCAAACCGACAGCAUGCUAAUCCUCCAUGCUACACGCUGGAUGAAGCCAAACCAGUGGAAACAGUCAAUUAUGUAAUGCUUCUGGAAACUCUACUUUUCUAUAAGUUUUCAUUGUAUCAUGGAAAUCUGAAAUAGUUAUUGUAAAAUGAGAUUUAACUUUUUUUCUGUUUUUUUUUUUCUUAAUUGAUAAAGCUGUUUGAUGAGGACAGAAUAAACUUAAGGAGCAUA